CGUCCAUCAACAAACCACACCGAAAUCACCGUGAGUCUGUUCGCACCAGAUAAUUCCCUCUCACCAACAAUAAAUAUUUGAGUCGGUGUGAGUAAUAAUCCAGUGUGCAAUUAUCUCCGAUGGACUCCAACGGCGUCACUACCUUCCGUCACCGUCGCUCACCGUCAUCCGACCGUUUCCUCGGCGUUUUCUCACCGCCUUCGUCCUCCGGCGUCAUUUCUGGUAGCUCCUCCGUCGCCGGCGACGAUUUCAGUGAAGAUGACGUGUUCUGGACCGGCGAUUUCGCCGAACAAAAGUGUCAAUCGCUAGAUCCGGCGACUAACGGUAAAUUUAACGGUAACGGAAAUCAGUCGUUCCGGCAGCCAGACAAGUUCGGAAUUCUGGCGGCAUUACCGGAAGAUCCGGCGAAUAACGGCCUAAAACCUAAUCGCUCCGUCAUGAACCGACGAAACCCUACGAUCCAGAACCAGAACAAUCCGUCAUCUUCGCGUCUAAUUCCGGCGAUUCCUCGACCGAAUAAGCAAGAGCGAUGCUCCAGUGAUGUUCCGAUCGUAUCUCAGUCGAUGCCGUUGAAGUUUCAGCAAUCGGCGCCGGUGAAUGUGCCGGUCUUCACGAGAAAACCGACGUUUGGACGAGAACUUGCUGACGUCGACAUCGGAGAUGAUGACGAAGAAGAGAUGCUUCCUCCGCACGAAAUCGUUGCGAAAAGUUCGAAAUCGCCGCAUACGACGUUUUCGGUUCUGGAAGGUGCUGGAAGGACGCUGAAAGGGAGGGAUCUAAGGCUGGUUCGGAAUGCGGUGUGGCGGAAAACAGGUUUUCUCGAUUGAAUUUCGGAUAAUUCGGGUUCGGUUUAUGGUAGUUUGUUGGCUUGGGGAUUUAGACUGUGAAGAUAAGUUUUUUUUAUCUAUGCUUUUGCAGUCUAUAUAUUAUAUGAAUAGGUAAGGUAGGGCAUAUGUUUUUUUUGUUUUGAGUAACUGAUGAAUGUUAAUGUUGAAUUUGGUAGGUCUUAAUUGUGUAAUUUAUGCUGCUUUUAAUGUGCAUAAAAAUUGAGCAAUAAUUCUUGUUAA